AGUAACGAACACUCGGAGCUAACAGCAACUUCAUCCCGAGGGGAAAGAAAGCGUUUAAUACGAGCGCCGAUAUGUCAUUAAAUCUAUAUAAACCGAACUGAAACCUUAACCAAACCGACAAACCUAACUAAGAGGAACAUGUGGGGACGGAAAAGCUGCAUUUUGUAGCGUUGUGACAGAUGAGUAAAGCUAGCGAACCUUCUGCUUCAAACAUCUGCAGGAAGCGCCUGAGGUGAUUUCCAUAACUAACUACACAGCCCCGCGUCGUCUUUAUUUUUAUUACAAAACGGACGAGCUGCUUUUAUUCUUUUAUACACCGUUAUAACGUUCGCUUUUAUAGACGUUUGUUCUGAGGAAGCGGUGAAGAACAUCUCGACUCACUUGAGGAAAGCCCGUACUGCCGUUCUUCUGUAGCUCCUCUCGGGUCUUACUGAGGUGAUUAACGCAGCACGAACAUGUUGAUGAAGGAGUACAGAAUAUGCAUGCCACUCACCGUGGAAGAGUACAGGAUUGGCCAACUUUAUAUGAUCAGUAAACAUAGCCAUGAACAGAGUGAGCGAGGAGAAGGGGUGGAGGUGGUGCAGAACGAACCCUUUGAAGACCCUACACAUGGCCACGGUCAGUUCACAGAGAAACGUGUCUACCUCAACAGCAAACUGCCUAGCUGGGCAAGAGCAGUCGUGCCCAAAAUCUUCUACGUGACCGAGAAGGCCUGGAACUAUUACCCUUACACAAUCACAGAAUACACAUGCUCAUUUUUGCCAAAGUUCUCCAUCCACAUAGAAACCAAGUAUGAAGACAAUAAAGGAUCCAAUGACAAUAUCUUUGAGAAUGAGCUGAAGGACCAGGAGAGAGAAGUUUGUUUCGUAGACAUUGCCUAUGAUGAAAUUCCAGAGCGCUACUACAAAGAGUCAGAGGACCUGCGGUAUUUCAAAUCAGAAAAGACGUCUCGCGGCAUGCUGCAGGAAGGCUGGAGGGACACGCAGCAGCCCAUCAUGUGCUCCUACAAGCUUGUGACGGUGAAGUUCGAGGUCUGGGGCCUGCAGACACGCGUCGAGCAGUUUGUUCACAGGGUGGUGCGGGACGUACUGUUGCUGGGUCAUAGGCAGGCCUUUGCCUGGGUGGAUGAGUGGAUUGACAUGACCAUGGAUGAGGUGAGAGAGUACGAGCGUACGAUCCAGGAAGCCACCAACGAGAAGAUCGGCGUGAUUCCUCCGUCCAUUUCCAUUGGUGGGACACCACUUCCGUCUCUGGCCCCUACUGGUCCAGCCAGCGCUCCAUCCACCCCACUGUACACAGACGCCCCCGAAUUCCUCUCUGUCCCCAAAGAGCGCCCUCGCAAGAAAUCUGCCCCGGAGACCCUUACUCUGACUCAAGCUGGCCAAUCAGAGCCUGCUCCUGCCUCUACCAACUCCUCCCUCAGCCCUUCAUCCAGUCAGGUGGAGUGAUUGGGUUUAAGCACACCUCUUUGUGACUUUUCCGGUCAAUCAGGAUCACACAAAGAACUCACUUGGAUCCUUCCACUUUGUUUUAUAAAAGGUUCCAGAAGCCUAAGCCUGUCAGGCUUGACGUCUGGUUGUAUAAUGGGCUUCCUGCCUUCAAGGUAGCUGCCAUCUCAUCUAAUUCUAAUUUGUCAUGGUCAUUAACAUCAGAACUGGUUAUUGUGAGACUUUUACUGUCAUAAAAACAUGAAGGAUACCUGUUCUUUUUUCCAACGUCAUUUUAUACACCGUACAUUAGAUGAUUCUAUUUGAUGGUUUAAAUACAGUUGCUGCAAAAUCUUUUAGGCAUACAUAUCAACACGAAACAUUAUUUUAAAAGAAUGCUAUCUUAUAACUUAAAAUCUUCUAUUCAUUAAGACACAAUCAUGUGCUUGCAAACCGACCAAUCAGAAUGCUUCUCAGGUCUCCAUAGAUGCCAGCCUUUCCAAAUCCACGGCAGGAAAUACACAGUGUUCUCUCUCAGAUAUUUAGAUCUACAGCCAUCCAGGAUUCCUAGAUUCCUACCCUCGUACUACCGGCCAGAUCCGUCUUAGUAGAUUUUUGGUUCUAAUAAGAUUAGGUUUGCAUUGCAGCCAGUGCCAAAAUAAAAACAGCCGGUGGAAGAGGCAUAUAUGACAAUCUGACAGUCUAAAUCACAAAUACAACAAACAGUCAUGCAGACCCACAAGAUAUGAGAAUCUGGGGUGGAGGAGGUUGGAGUAGAUCAUAUAGUGCUCUUCUACAGACCUGGUGCUGGUGCUUGUGCUAGUUGAGGGAACUUGAUAAAUUCAUUUUCUUUACAUUUAGACAGCACAAAUAGACUGUCUUACACAGGCUUUGUACUGAAUGGUAUUUAGCCUGUGUUCUAUGUUGCAGGAAAAUCACAGAUCCUGAAAGAAUUAUUUGGCCUGAGUUGCAAUAUGGUGUUAAUGGAAGGCACAGAAGUUGGUCUGAUGAGAGCAGUUGGCAGCACGCUCAUCUAAAAGCCACCCAUCCAUGGUGGAGCAACGGCAGUACCACCAGCAUCAAUGCCUUAUUUUUAUUAUGAGAAAAAAGCAGCGAAAUUGAGCCUUCCUAAUGCAGACAUCAGUCAUCAAACAUCAUCAUAAAAGAGAUGAAGUUUUUGCCAUCACUGGUUCUUAGUAACAAACCAGCAGCAUUUUGGGGCUGGAACCAAACCUUUUCUGGACAAGGCACCAGCACAUUGUCGGUGGUACAGAUACCAGAUAUAGAAAACCUGACAGGCUGCAUAUUAGCACAUAAUGAAAUAUUAGCAAAUCUCAGUAGACUGUAGUAAUGACUGAGUGUUUGUCUUUAUUAGACUCUCAGUCAAUAAAUAGUAAGUGUUUAGUCUGGCGAGCAUGCCUUGGUUUCAGGAGGACUUUAUUGUCUGCAUGCGAGAACGAAAUCGAUGAGCCAUUCUUUGCUGAAAUGUGUAGAUGCCUGAUGAUUUUGCUUCCAGCUUUUAGAGUAAUACCAGACAUAAGUAAUGAAUUAUCGAAGUAUAAAAUAUUCUUAACUCUUAGCAAGUUUGUGCACGUUGUUGGCUAGACUGAAAUUUAAACUAGACAAAAUAAGACCUAAUGUUCCUGGCUGCACUGGUAAAAAAAAAAACACUUUCUGCUGCUUUCCUUAAGAAAACGGUGUAGAAAGGGUUUGUUAAAGGCUGCAUGGACUGUUCACAGGUCAGUAACCUCCUGUGUAUAUGCAUUUAAGAGGCAGGGACUGCUGCUGAAUGUGAGUUUGCUUAGUUUUAUAUUGAUUAAAGGUGUGUCAAAGAGAAGAUGAGCAUGCUCUGAGUGAAAGCAGCUCCGACAGUGCCUCUGCAUGUGUGUAAAUACAUAAAUCGAUAUUUCUGUAUGCUAAAAUGUUUUAAACUAAAGAUAAUCAGUUCCUGUAAGGUUGUUUUUGUUGAUAUUUUCUAUUUUGUACCGGUUUCUUUUAUGAACGGAGAAGCACCUCGAAUGGAACAUUUCAGCUUCCAUCCAGAGUCUUUAAUUCAUCCCAAUAGUAUCCAAGGAACUGUUUUAAUGAUGAGUCCUUAUUUUCUGAAAGGGGGUGUUUUGGGUGAGAAUUAAAAUAUAAUUGCAGAAGGCAUGUGCCAAUUCCAUGUGCCAAACCUGCCACAUUACUACCUGUACCUGUUGAAGGUUACAAUGUGCUCCUGUUCAGCAAACUGAAUUAAGGGGCUGCUUUCCUGUGGAGGUUGUUUGACACACUCUCACUCACUCACAGUUAGUUGGUAAAAGUUUCUCUACAAGGGGGAGCUGUUGGCUCUGUAGUUGGAAGUAAAUAAGUGAAUGUAGUUAGGUACAUUUACAUUUUCAGCAUUUAGCUGACACUUUUAUCCAAAGUGACUUACAGACAGUAAAUUAUCUAAGCAAUUGAGGGUUAAGCGCCUUGUUUAAGUGCCCAACAGUGGCAACCUGUCAAAGGCGGAACUUAAACCCUUUCAAUUACUAGUCCAUUACCCUAACUGCUAGGCUACAACUGCUAGUAUGUUGCCCUGUGAUGGAUUGGCACCCUGUCCAAGGUGCAUUCCUGCUCUCAGGCCAGUCAUCUUCAGAUCACAAUGAAACGGUUCCAGGAAACCAAUAAAUAAAUAAUGUGUUAUAUUGAUUGUAUAACCCCAUAAUUAUUUUUGUAGGAUCAAAAUAAAAAAAAAGAUCUUGGCAGGACUGUUAGGCCUGUUUACUAAAACACAACAAUUUGCAUUACAUAGCAAAAAAAACAUGUUGCAUGUUCACUUUCCCUGUACAUUCUGACGACCUCUGGCAGUUGCUGCAGUCUAGCACACACACAUCUCCUCUGACAUUCUAGAACAGACUAACUGCAUCUUUACACCAGCCUCAGCACAUAAGGUGGAGCACGCUAUUCUCUCUGUAUUUCUCCACCGUUUGUGCUGGCAAAACAAUCAGACAGCAGGAGUCGCUCAUGCAGCAAGGAGGUUAUACCUCAUCAGACUCUAACCGUCUUAGACACAGCUGGUUGGGUCUAAUUCUGCACCACUCAAGCACCUCUUAAUUGGGGCUUUAAACGUUUUAGUUGUAAUUUGUUCUGAUGGCCUUGUGUACAGAUAUUAAUGACCACAAUGAAACCCCAGGGGUACCAAGAACUCUCACAACAAAUGGAAUCACGGCACUAUCAACGUUCUUUUGCACUCGAUGCCAGGGACACAAUUCUGUCCAAACCAAUCAGUGUGCUUCUGCCUGAACCAGGCUUUGUAAAUAUCUUUUGUACAGUUUCAGUUGUGAAGUGGAAACAUUGGGAGUAGAUCUCCUGUGACGGUAUCUUGUUUGCUUGUCCAUCAGAGUCGUUAUUUUUAGAUGUCAUGCUAGAAACUGCAAAUGCUGUUCUGCGUUAAAGUUCGGAAGGUAAAUCAAAAUGAGCCAGGUAAAGUCGUCUGUUUGCUAGCUUUGCUUUUUUUGGAGUGCAUAUCUUGUUUCAAGGGGUAACAAUAAACAUUAAUGGUCAGUUUUUUCUAAAUCUAGAUGCUAGUUUUUGUACAUUUUGAUAAAUAGUGGUUAUAAUUUUGAGUUAAUGUUUUUUUUCUUCUCUUCUUUGGUCUGGUUUCUAUCAGUAGCAGCUUUGUUAUACUGUAGGUCUAAUAUUCAAAGCCAUAGUACUUUACUAGCUUUGCUUUUCUAAUUUCAUUGGUCAGUGAUUGGAGCAUUUAUGUACCUGAGCCAAUUUCUGAGUAUUUGUUUUAAAUUUCUUAUGCAGCAUUUGGUGCCCCUUAGGACAUCAUGGUUUCCAGUUCAUCCCAGUUAAUAAAAUGCACUGACAAGUAAUGUAAUAUUCUACAUGUUAUAUGCCGCUAACCACAUGCUGAUAUUCAGUUCAGUUACAGAUAUUCAGCCUUAUUUUGGUUUAGAUUGUCACUAUAUUUCACAUGAAAGCACUCCUGAGUGGUUUAACAGUCUAUGAACAUUUACCCAGCCAGAUGUCUCCACAGACAUGAUUGGUAAUGUCCUUAUGGGGUGGUUCAGAGGCCGAAGCCUUGUGAUGGAUUGGUGCCCAGUCCAGGGUACUUCUGCCUUCAUCAUUAAUGAUCAUUAAUAUGAAUUAUGAUGAAUUAUGCAGCCCUGGUAUCCACAACAAUAAUUAUAUAUAUUUUUUGUUUUUCUCCCAUAUUUUGCGGUCAUCAUAUCCGAUCUGGUCCACAUACCGGGCUUGGCACAGAUUUUUACACCAAUUAAAUUCCUGAUGCAACCCUCCUUAUCCGGGCUUCGGACCGGUUCAGAGAGUGCACCUCCCAAUUGAAUUGCUAGACUGUUUCGGUCCCCCCCCCGCCGACUGGCCGAUAGCACCACUGAGAUUCGAACCCCGGACCCCCAAUCUCAGUGGUAGUCAUCUAGCGUACUUAAGCGCUGCAUGACCUAAGCACCCCAGUAUCCACUAUAAUAAUAUUGCCGAAUAUUGUGGUGUAUAUUAUCUUUGUCAGCACAAGCCUCAUUUAAACAAAAAUCUGCUUUUCAGCAGAAUGUAAAAGCUUGCUUUUAAAAUUCUGGAUUGCAAGUAAUUGCUUGGACGAAGCCAUGGAUAGCUGAUGCUGCGCUGCCUGCCAGGACAGCCUCCUCCCAAAAAGUGUCCUCUUCUACUAUGAUGCAUCUUCUUUCUGCUGACAGAAUGGCUUCUCUAUGAUGCUUUCUGUAUAUUCUUACUGAUUUUCUGAUUUGUUGUACUUAUUGUUUUAUCUUGUAGCAAAUAAACUUUACUUGCUAUUA